AUGAGCCCAUCGACACCAGAAACUCCACUGAAUCCUCCACAGCUAUCCACUACCCACCUCACACCACCAACACUCACACCCACACCCCCACCCACCCUCGACGCCACGCCAUACGCGAUAUCCACAACAAAAAAAGUGGCGCAAACUAGUGACUGCAUCACUCCAAGAAAAGACCAGAUCCUCCACCCUUUCACUCAAAAUAACCAAGGCGAAACUCAGCAAGGCCAAUCACCUAGUCCCCAACUAUAUGGCCAAACUCUAAUCCAUACUGUGUCCUCUCACCCAUCAUUUCCACUCAAAGCUUCCUCUCUCAAUUUACCAGGUCUCAUCGACCCUCCAUUCUGCCCGCCUCCUCGGCCUCCUGAAUCUCUCUCUCCAUCCCUAUCCUCAUAUCACAUAAGCUUCCCCCCUUCCCUCACUCAAACUGUCCGACUCGUCUCCAACGGGCGACCCAUCAUCUCUCCUCCUCUCUCUCCUCUUACACUCAUCGUCGCUCUUGUUCUCUUCGUUCCGGAUCCUCUGAACACUGUCGUUCUCCGCUCAUCUCGUGCACUCUCAGUCCAUAAGGCGAUCCGUCUCCACCACCCACCUCAAUUCCUCUCUUCCCAUCCAUCCCAUUCUCAGCUUGUCUCGCAACUACCCUAUAUGUCAGUGUCUCUCCAUAUUCCUCCCUCUCCCUUAAUCCUUCAUCCCUCGCUCCUCGCACCGUCUCAUAAACUAUCCUCUCUCUCUCACUCUCUCUCUGCUCUUACUCUCUUCCUCUUCUCUCUUCUCUCCCCACCAAUCUCAUCUCCUAUCUCAUCUAUCCCCUCCCUCUUCCUCCCCCUAAAGAUCCAAGCUUCUCCUAUCCUCUCAGUCUCAUCUCACCUGGUCAAAGUCGAGACCGCCCUCACAUCUUGGGGAGAUCUCUCAUAUUCGUCUCAGAAACCUUCAUCCACUCUUCCGCCUACCAAUCUCUCCUCUCAAACCCUCUCCCCGCCCACCUCAAGUUCCCCAUCCCUCCGUCGCCCAAGCCACGAUUCAAAUUUGCGCUCAUUACGCCUCAGUAUUCAGCUUUUGCUACGCUUCGAUUUUCAAAAGCCCUCAUCUCGGCCUUCUGCAAAUCUCAUUCCAUUUCACUACAGGCGCUCCUAUAUAUCUCUUCCUAUUCGAACAAAUCCUAUACACUCGGUCUGUCCUAUUAAUCUCCCUCUCGUAAUCGCCUCUCUCGCAUCCUUUCGUCGUCAUCUCUUCCUCAUCUCAGGACAUGAUUCCUACUCGGUCCCAAUCGAUCUCAUUCGGUCUAAGUUUUCCACUCGUCAAUCUGUACAACAUCGUUCUGUACUCCAAUACUCUCAUACUCCUAAUGCCAAAAAAAACACACACCAGAUAACACCCGGCCUCCCCGCAACCACCUCAGCCAAUUCCAUGAGGCCAAAACCCAACCACCCCGGCCGAUAUCAUACAACGACCCCCCUGACCCAACACCUCAGAGAGCAUAAACCCCAAACCACGCUCCUAAUUUCAAAAUCUGUCAUUACUUCAUCCGUUUCAACUAUGCUCAUACUCUCUCUUCUGACACUAUGCCAACCCAAACCCAACGCCCAAUCACUCGUAGCCAACGCCACCCCCCCCCCCAAGCUAGAAAAAUACCCAGCCCCAACAGAGCCCAAACCCACCUCUCCUCCCCGCGGACCCGGAACCCCAACACACCUCUCUCUCUCACUAGAAUCUGCAAUAGAAAAAGCCCACACCAAAACGCCCCUCAUGUCUCCACUCAGAGUCCAAAGUACGGGUACCGAUUCAAUUCCACCAAAACGAGCAACCCACACCAGUAACAAGAAAACUAAUCCACAUAGCAGACCUCGACCCGAACCAACCCGCGAGACUCUCACCUCAUCAACGGCAACCCGGCGGACACCUUCCCACCGCCCCCCCCCUUCCCCCCUAAGAUCCCCUACCACUCGACUUAACGUCCUCCCAGGAACCCGCUACCCUCGAGAUAUUGAACACCUCGCUCGGGUCAUCGGUCUCAGCCCAACACCCGAUUCGACCCAAACCACAUUCCAAUACAAAAUGCUCAUAGACCUCGGCUUCGCUCAUACUUCAAUCCCCAAUUACUACAUAAAUAUCCGAAGCACUAUUUCCACCUAUACUUCUAAAAUUCAGGCCGAACAGGACAACCCGGCACACACCCCCCGAGGCCAACCCAACAAUCCCCCGAUCCCCGACCACAUCAACACCCGGUCUCCCCUAGCCCGUAUCCCACACCUGACCAACCCCGCCUCUCGAGUACUCAAUCAAGCCUCAUCUUAA